AAAGAGUGUGGAGACUACCUCCGCUUUGAAGGCUCCUUCCUUUGCAACCACAGCUCUGUCCUGACCCCACGCUGACAAGGACCAGCCUUUCCUCCUACAAAACCUCAAGCCAGCAGCUCCUGACACAGGUUUUCCUGCUCUGGAGUCCUCAGCAUCGCUAUCUGACCAACACUUGUUCUUUCCACAAAGAGAGCCAGGGUGCUUCCAGGCAAGAAACCAGCCUACGGGGGUUAAUUUUGCCAAGGCUCUUCCAUACAAUCGUAAGGAUGCUGCUCUGCAGAAUCUUAAGCAUACCAGUAGCUUCCAUAAGCAUCAUUGCUCUGUUCAUUGCCCUGACCACCGAUUACUGGCUAGUGGCUUAUGGACCGGCUGGCAUCGCCCACAGUGGCCUCUGGCAGGAGUGCAUGGGUGGAAACUGCUGGACGCCAACCAAAGCUAAUGAAUACAUCCUUGCCACACGUGCGUUCCUGAUCUUGGGCUCCCUGGCAGCUUUGGCCUUGGUCAUUUCUCUUACCGCCUCCUUCAUGCCUUGCGACUGUGGCUUCCUUGGCGGAGCCUUCGUCACGUCCAUUGUUGCCUUCUCAGGUGCACUCUUCACUCUUGUUGGUGUUGUCGUAUUCACUGCUGAAUCCUGGGGGAAGAACAGGGACCCUCAAAUCCAGCUCACCUAUGAGUGGUCCUUCUAUCUUGCCUGGGUAGCAUUUCCCAUGCUGCUCCUGACUGGGAUCUUCAGCCUUGUUGCUCACUUGUGCCCUUCGAGGCCUGGCUAUGAGAAUGUGUGAGGACCUGGUUCCUAAGAAGCAAAGGCAACCUUGCGAUGCAGUUGACACACAACAGACAAAGGAAGCCUGUUCCCUCCCCUUCCCAUGCCAGCAAAAUCCCCUUCACAACUGUCCCAAUCGUGCUUUCAUCCCCAAUCCAUUCACAGCACCCCCUACAGGGCGUC